GUCACAUUUAAUGGCGAUAUCUUUGUUUACAAUUUGUAAACGGUUAAAAAUAGGCAGGAAAUGUUCAAAUACAAAUUCCAUUUAAUUGUGAUCUCUCAGUGAAAGCUCAAAAGUUAUUCAGAAAGCGCCAACAUGAAAGCCACGACCAAGACGACCGAGUGUUAUUUCAAAUUUCUCCUCGUUUUUUACACUCUUUGUCUGCAAAUAUUGUCCAUCAAUUCUCGCACUUCAACAUUGUGGAAGUUGAACUCGGACCGCACUAAAAUUAUCGAAGGAGAUCCUAAUGAAGACAGUGGGCCUUCUUCUCAGUAUAUAACUGGACCAGAUCCUGUAUUUAAUAUCAUUACAUCGACUGCACAUUACGGCUCUUUGUGGGUUAAAGAAAAUCGGGAUAAUUUUUGUAGUAACUGUCCUAACGAGAUGUUUCCCAUCUUUAAUAAGAAUAGGAAGAAUGAUAAAAACGUCAAGAAAUUUGAAGUAUCAGAGAAGAACAUGAAUGAAAACGAUUUGUCCUGUGGAAGACCAGUUAAUUUUACGUUUUAUGAUAGUUUAGUUGGUGUUAUAAACAGACACAAACAUCCUCCCUUAGUUGAACCCGAAGCUGUAGUCGAUUUUGUUAAGAAAUUUAAAUUCAAACCUGGGAAAACGUUUGAUUUAGAACUUCUAGCGGAAAAACUAAAAGAAAUUAAGAAAGAGAAACCCAAGUUGGUUAGUACUUUUCAGCAGUUAGGAAAUUACUGGAGAAUAAAAGGUGAACCAAAAGAAGCAAUAGAAUGUUUUCGAAAAGCUUUGGCAAUUUCACCUCAUAACUCCGAUGUUCUACUAAACCUGGCAAAGGUUUUAUUCCAUCUACAGUAUCUCGACGAUGCCAUCUACUUAACUCGUCGGUCUCUCGAAGUAGCGCCACCUGAAAAAGGUGCUUGGCAGCAAUACUUUACCUUAGGAGAAAUAUUCAAGGCUUACGGCCAUUACCAAGAGGCAGAGAUACAUUUCAAACACACGUUGGACCUGAAUCCUGGUUUUGAGCCUGCCAUUCGCGUUCUGAAGGAAAUGGAAGAGUUGCCAUCGACUCCUAUGCAUUUUUAUACUGUAAUUAUUAUUAUUUGUCUGGUUGUGGCGGUUUUAGUGGCGAUUCUUACAUCGAUGGAAAACAGCGCUCAAAUAGAGACCAACCAAUCGCAGAAACACUACGGGAGAAGCUCAAACAUGAAAUCUCUACAUAGUUUAUCGUGGACAAAUAAGAAGUCCCGAAAGACAACUACAUAGCACAAUUUGAUCUCAAGACAUUAUUCAACCUCCCAAUUUUGUUUGUGCUGUGUGUAUUUAUUAUUACUUUGUACCUGUUGAAAGUUACUCCCAUUUCAAGUCUAACUUAUUUAUUAAAAACUUGUUAAUUUUCUUGCUAUGUUUUAUUUUUGUUGAUUUAGAUAAAAUUUAAUUUGUUCUGGC